AUCCCCUCCGGUGACUACGCACACAUUUGCUCGGACGCAUUCGCAAAACUUGAGUCUGAGAACUUGCAUGUUGACGAUUUGUGGAUAUCCACCAUAAUGCUCAGUGCAGUUAAAAUGGAGGGCCACGAAACUCCCGACUGGAGCAGCUAUUACAAUGAUGCACAAGAGGUAUAUUCACCAAUGGCAAACAGCACUAUGAACGCAGGACUGAGUUCCAUGAACACAAUGAACAGUUACAUGGGCAUGUCCACAAGUGGAAAUAUGACAUCCAGUUCUUUUAAUAUGUCCUACGCGAAUCCUGCUCUAGGAGCUGGACUUAGCCCCGGGACUAUGGCAGGGAUGCCACCGAGCGCUCCUGGCGCCAUGAACGGAAUGGGUGGUGGAGUGUCGUCCAUGGGCACUGCUCUCAGCCCCACAAACAUGAACGCAAUUUCGGCUCAACAAGCCUCCAUGAACGCACUGAACCCUUACUCGAGUAUGAGUCCCACGCUGAGUUCUAUGACAUAUGCUCAGCCUAAUCUGAACAGGGCACGGGACAAUAAAACUUUCAGGAGAAGUUACCCGCAUGCUAAGCCCCCGUAUUCUUACAUAUCGCUUAUUACCAUGGCUAUCCAGCAGUCACCGAGCAAAAUGCUCACGCUGAGCGAGAUCUAUCAAUGGAUAAUGGACCUGUUCCCUUACUACCGUCAAAACCAACAGAGGUGGCAGAACUCCAUCAGACAUUCGUUGUCUUUCAACGAUUGUUUCGUCAAAGUUUCCAGGUCACCUGAUAAACCAGGUAAAGGCUCUUACUGGACCCUGCACCCGGAUUCUGGAAAUAUGUUUGAGAACGGUUGUUACCUUCGCAGACAGAAGCGCUUCAAAUGUGAGAAAAAGUUGUCAACGAGCAAAAACUCUGAGGGAAGGAAAGAUCAAACGGGUGGGUCGGGGUCGCCUUCUAACGAUACCUCCAGCACCAAGAGCGGGCAUAUGGAGUCGAACUCAAUUUCCACCAACCAGUCAUCAAGCCCACAUAACUUGGAUCAUAGGAGCGGUACCACCAACUCUGAACUAAAGAGCGGCGGCCCUCAGAUCCACCCCGUGACUGGCUCGGCCACAUCUCUCUCCUCUAUUCCUUUGGCCCCGCACUCGAUGGCCCACGAAUCUCAGCUGCAUCUAAAGGGAGACCCCCAUUAUUCUUUCAACCACCCGUUUUCCAUCAAUAAUUUGAUGUCCUCCUCAGAGCAACAACACAAACUGGACUUGAAAGCCUACGAACAAGCUUUGCAAUAUUCAUCCUACGGCUCAGGUAUGUCUUCCAGUCUGCCACUCGGCAGCGCUUCCAUGGCGGGAAGAACCGGCAUGGACACCUCAGCAAUAGAGGCGUCUUACUAUCAAGGUGUGUAUUCGAGACCGGUUCUCAAUACGUCUUAGUAUCUUCUCAUUUUUUUCUGAGCUCGAAAGUGGCCGAAAGGAAAUGUUAUUUUAUUUUAUUUUUUUUGCAUGCACUUGGUGCAUAAAAGACUGUUACUUUAAAAUAUACGAAUGUGUAUGUGUAUAAUAAAAUAUUGUAAAGUGUUCCCAUGAAUGAUUGUAUAUCCCAGUUAUAAAUCAUUGCUAGUGUAUUUAAAAAAAAAACAAAACGAUUUUGAGCUUGUAAAAUAAUGUUGUGUUCCCUUAAACGUAUA